AGAAAAGUUUUGUGAUGGAAAUGAAAGAGUCCCCAAUUCCCACCGAACAUUUCCAUCCCAACAGGCCCAGCUCCUUGCCGCUGUUAGAAAAGAUUUUCUUUGGCAAGGUCAUCCAUGAAACCAUCAUAUUAAAUCCUGCUUCCUUUCUCAAAAUACCAGAGGCAAUCUCUCAAAUCUAUAGAACACUUGGAUAUAUAAACCCUGAGCCAGGAGUCAUGGCAGCCAAACCCAAGCUCUACUACUUUCGUGGCAGGGGCAGAAUGGAGUCAAUCCACUGGCUGCUGGCUGCAGCUGGAGUGGAGUUUGAAGAAGAAUUUCUUGAAACAAGAGAACAAUAUGAGAAGUUGCAGAAGGAUGGACACCUGCUUUUUGGCCAAGUGCCUCUGGUUGAAAUUGAUGGAAUGAUGCUGACGCAGACUACAGCCAUACUUAGCUACCUUGCUGCCAAGAAGGACCUGAAGGAGAAAGUCAGGAUCGACAUGUACGCCGAUGGCACCCUGGAUCUCAUGAUGAUGAUUGCGCUGGCUGCGUUUAAACCCCGUGAGGAGAAAGAGGAGAAUAUUGCUUUAGUUGUGAGGAAAGCUAAAACCCGUUACUUCCCUGUCUUUGAAAAGAUUUUGAAAGACCAUGGAGAGGAUUUUCUCGUUGGCAACAAAUUCAGUUGGGCAGACAUACAACUAUUGGAAGCUAUUUUAAUGGUGGAAGAACUCAGUGCUUCUGUUCUUUCCGACUUCCCUCUGCUAAAGACCUUUAAAAUAAGAAUCAGCAACAUCCCUACAAUUAAGAAGUUCCUGCAGCCUGGGAGUCAGAGGAAGCCACCCCUGGAUAGCCACUAUGUUGAAGCAGUCAAGACUGUUCUGCAGUUCUCAUGGCAGCGCCAAUCAGAGCAAACCAUAGAUUCUAGGAGUAAAGUGUUUGAAAAGAGCAAAACCAUAACGCCAUCAACAGCAAACGCUGAUUAA